AGAAGAGAAGAGGAAGAGAAUCAAUGGCGAGUUGCUUCAGCUACGUGUCUUCUCGUAACAAAUGUUACCAAUACAGCUUCUCUCGUGCUGGUCUCCGAUCAUCUACCUCCGAUCUUGGCGACGGCACCGUCGUCCACUGUUGGAUCCCACAGACUCACAUCGACGUCAAGCCCACGCUCCUCCUCCUUCACGGGAUCGGAGCUAACGCUAUGUGGCAGUGGGACCGGUUCAUCGACCGGUUUAUCCCCCGGUUCAACGUCUACGUACCGGACCUCAUCUUCUUUGGCGACUCGUACACCACUCGUCCCGACCGGUCAGAGUCUUUCCAGGCGAGUUGUGUCAUGAAGGCGAUGGAUGGUUACGGUGUUGGGACCAUGAACGUGGCUGGUCUCAGCUACGGCGGGUUCGUGGCCUACUCGUUGGCGGCGCAGUUUAAGGAGAGGGUAGAUCGAGUUGUGCUAAUAUGCGCUGGUGUUGCUCUGGAGGAGAAAGACUCGGAGGAUGGUAUGUUUAAAGUGAAGAGCCCGGAGGAAGCGGCGGCUGUUUUGUUUCCUCAGUCUCCUUCGAUGCUCCGGCGGCUUCUCCAGUUAUCUUUCUACAAACCGCCGAUUUGGAUCCCUUCUUGCUUUGCCAUGGACUACAUUCAUGUGAUGUGUAAAGAUUAUCUUCAAGAAAGGAAAGAACUUGUAGAAGCUCUGCAUAAGGGUAGAAGAUUCUCCAAUCUUCCAAAGAUAACACAGCCGGCAUUGAUGAUAUGGGGAGAGGAAGAUCAAGUUUUUCCGGUGGAAUUAGCUCAUAGAUUGAAAAGAUAUUUAGGGGAAAACAGAGCACAAUUGGUGUUACUAAAGAAGACAGGACAUGCGGUUAAUGAAGAGAAACCAAAAGAGAUGUACAAACACAUGAAAUCAUUUCUUUGCACUGACGCAAUGAUUCCUCAAAAUCAGAUCAAUGCUAAGAGACUCAUGUUAGCAAACUUGAUAUCCCCAGAUCAGCAGAUCAAUAAGUGAUGUUACUGCGGAAAAGUGUUAUUAAGUGAUGUUUAGCUUGUCCCUAAAUGUGAUUAGUAUCUUUAUUGUUAAAGACGACAUUCAUUGCUUCUAGUUGGAAUUAAGAAUACUUUUUUUA